GGGGUACCGUACCGCUUUGCACCGCCGCAACGCCGCAGGCCGCCGCCCACUGCCGCUCGCGGUCCCGUCGCCGUCGGUCAUGCCAGCUCGGCCGUGGGGGAGUGAGCGAGUGUCAGUCGAUGAGGACGAUGUGGUAUCUGUGGCUGCUCGGCCGGGAUGGAUGGGGGGCGCGCCUGAGGGGGAGAGAAAUGCGCAUCCGGAGGGCUGGUGGUGUGACCCGUCGCCGCCGAAAGGAGCGCGAUGCCUUUCGUGCAACGCAGCUCUUUCCGGUCGCCAGCGUCGCAUAUGAAAGGGCAAGCUGCUGCUGCACCACACCAGGGAAGAAGCUGUUUGUUUGUCAUCGAAAGAGUACUCUUGUCUGUCACCACCUGAAACGAAACAACGUUAGAUUGUCAAUAUGUCGCCCAUCUCGCCCGAGGCUGUAGUCGGCACCAGCGUGACGUUCUCGUUCAUCCUGCUGGGCAACGCCAUCACGCAGUCGUUCAUGAGCGUGCCAGCGGUGCUGCUCGAUUUCCCCAAGCCCGGCACGCCCGAGCACGCGGCGCGCGCGCAGCUGCUCGGACGGCAAUGGCCCGUCUUCCACCGCAUCGGCAACAACUUCAUGCGACCCAUGAGCAUGUUCGGCAUCUUCGGAUACGGCUUCACGGCGUGGGCCAUGUCGCAGGGCCGGCUCAAGGGCGACUGGCGCUUGCUGGCCGUGUCGUCGCUGUGCCACCUCAUUGUCGUCAUCCACUCGGCCAUCAACCUGCAGCCGCUGAACUAUAAGAUCGAGGCGUGCGCCGACGGCAAGAGCGAGAAGAUUGAUCUGGCCCAGGCCGAGGAGUUUGGUCGCUCUUGGAUUAGGUGCAAUUUUGUGCGGGUUGUGUGCCCACUCGUUGCAGGGUCGCUGGCGUUGUGGCAGUUUUUGUGAGAGGAAGGAAGGAAAAGUGAAGAAAGUGUUUGGUGGAAGGCAUGAGUCGUGGGGAGAGCGGGGAGCGGGUUGGAAUGACUCGGGGCGGGGGCGGCAAGCGGCACGGCGGGACGAUCAUUUUGCUUUGAUUUUGAUUUUAUUCUUUCUUUGUUCCUUCCUCCAUCAAUCUACCUGAUUCCAUCACCUACUCGUCGUCAAACCCUGGCGGCUUCACGUUCUUGCGCAUCUCGAGCGCCUUGGCGCUGUCGACAAACUCCGUCACCUCGAUCACCUCGCGCUGGUCCUCGGACAACUGCACAAUCAUGACGCACUCGUUUGCCCACUCCCGGCCUCCCUUCAUCACUCCCUCCAUCUUGGCGUUGAUGAUGACGGCGUUCUUUUGUGUGUCCUCGAAGAUGGCAUUGGGUACCAUGGCGAAGCUCUCGAAGACGGAGAAGAUGCCCGCCGCGUGCUGCUCAAAGGCCUCGCGCCCGCGCGUCGCCAUGCCCAGUGACUCCGGG